CUACUUAUUUUUUUAAUUUCAGAAAUAAUAACAAAAUCGAACAAAAGAAGUGGAAAAAUAAUCCACUGAUCAGUAAAUUAAUGGCUUUAGCAUAAUAUGUAGCCCUCCCUCCGUCAAUCAUAAAGAAAUGGUGGAGCUUUACGCGAUCGCAUUACACCACCCACUUCCCACCCACCCACCAACCCACCCACCCAGAGAUUCUGCCUCCAUCCCUCACCUGUUGCAAAAUCAUCCCCUCUACUCCUCCUCCUCCUCCUCCUUGUUCUAGUAUAAACACGCAACAAAGCUCAAAUAAAUAUCUCCUAGCUUUUCUCUCCCCCAUUUCGUUCCUCCGCUCUUCACAAAGGACCUUCCCUUCUGUAACCAUCAGACAAGAAAAGAAAGAAAGGAACAAGACAAAAAGAAAAACUAAACCGUUCAAGUUUUCAGAUCCGCUUUUGUCAGUUACAGCUAGACAAAAUUACCGGAUAUUUCUCUCACCCCUUUCUUCUUGUUCUUGUUCUUCUUUUUUUUUAACUGACUGACCCCAAGAAAAAAAUUAAAAGAUAAAAGCUUAACAGAAACGGUCAAGCCCAAAACCACAUCAUGGGAAACAUCAGCAGCAACAACGUUAACGGCCGAAGGAGACACGGAAGCCGGCGGAGCCACCCUCCACCGCCCCCACCAGCAUCCCCGCAGCCGGAAAUCACGCCCAGCCGUUACGUUUUCACGGCGGCAACGCCUUACCCUUCGCAAUACCCUAACCCUAACCCUAACCCCCCACCAUAUUAUCAGUACCCUGGGUACUAUCCACCCGCGAUGCCCAUGCAGUCGCCAGCUCCGUACGAUCACCGCAACCGGGUGGACCAACCAGCGGCUCAUUGGGUAGGAGGGAGGUACCCAAUGAUGCGCCAACCGGUUCCUUGUGUAGAGCACCAGAAGGCGUUCACUAUAAGGAACGAUCUUAAUUUGAAGAAGGAGAGUUUGAGGCUUGAACCAGACGAGGAGAAUCCAGGGAGCUAUCUUGUUACUUUCACAUUUGAUGCUACUGUUGCUGGAAGCCUCACUAUUAUUUUCUUUGCGAAAGAAGGUGAUGAUUAUGUCCUGACACCAACAAAGGCAGACCUUCCACCAGUGACAGUAAAUUUCCCACAAGGUCUGGGCCAGAAGUUCAGACAGCCUUCUGGAACAGGGAUUGAUUUCACCUUGUAUGAGGGGAAGGAGUUGUUACAAAAGGGUGAGAUGGAUGCCUAUCCUCUAGCAGUACAGGCAGAGGCAUCCCCUGCAAAUCAUAAUGGAACAGAAGGAAACCAGAUGUCUGGAGCUAUGAACUCUCUGUUAACUCAAGCAGUAUUUGAGAAGGAGAAAGGAGAGUACCAAGUGAGGGUGAUGAAGCAGAUCCUCUGGAUUAAUGGGAUAAGAUGUGAGCUUCAGGAGAUAUAUGGGAUUGGAAAUUCAGUUGAGGGUGAUGUUGAUGCAAAUGACCCUGGUAAAGAAUGUGUCAUUUGCCUGUCAGAACCACCGGACACCACUGUUCUUCCUUGCCGACACAUGUGUAUGUGCAGUGGCUGUGCAAAGGUUUUGAGGUUCCAAACAAAUAGGUGCCCCAUUUGCCGGCAACCAGUUGAAAGGCUUCUAGAAAUAAAGAUUUCCUGCUUCUCCAAUAAUCAAACAGGAAAAUAUGCAAUGUGGGAUGGUUAAAAUACCGGCAUUGUGCCAAAUAUGCAAGCCAAUGCCUCCAGCCUGCAUUUGGAAGUCUUUAGUGGCAGCUUCACAGAAUUUUUAAGAAAUAUAGUAUAUGUUUGGUUUCUCAGCACUGUUGUUUUAGACUGUCUUCACGGAGCUCUACUUUCGGAAUGGGUUGGAUUAAAAGAAGCUUGGUCACUGGGCAUGUGCUCGGUUGUGUUCAUAGGAAGUAUUUUCCAAGCGGAUUGCUGAGAUGAGGUCAUUAUUGUCAUAUGAUGACGGUCAACCACAAAACAUGCGAUCGAUGCAAGAUGCAGGUUGUCUUCUGACCGCAAUACUUAAUUUUCGGGAAAGGUGUGGGAUUCCUUGUAAAUCCUAUGAUGUUACAAGGUUGUCUUAGCUCCGUUCUUAGUUUUGCUUGUGGCCAUAAUAGUUAAAGAGUGGGCGGGUUUUAGCACUCUACGCCGUAGUGCUGUGAUAGGAAAGUAUAAUUUUGAUAAGAGUUCAUACCUUAAUUCUAGAUUGACGUGCCAUGUUUUAUUGCCUUCAGAGAACCCUAGUUAAGUCAAAUAUUGAAUAAGUUGGAUUUCACUAUUAAAUAAAUGUGCAAUAUGAAUGUUACAUAGUCCAA